AUGUUGGGCUACCGUGCCUUUGAUUCCCCCGAGAACAGUACAUGCGUCAUCCGAGUGCGUGAUGCAGGAGACUUUUACGUCCAUCAAGAGUAUUUGGCUCCAUACAGUGCCGUAUUCCGUGACUUGCUUGACCCAACUCAUUCUUGUCAUCAACGGACGUUACGAAUGAGGGCUGGGCGGGAUGUUUUGUAUUGGGUUAUGGAUCAUGAAAACUUUUCUGGUUCUCUGAGUAAUGUGCAAAUGGAUGGGAAGCGAGUAUCUUUGACAGGUUACAUGCAGACAGAACACUCAUUGAGUAAAAGUGGUCAACCAGAACAGUAUGAUGAAUCCCACGAUGCUGACGAUGAAGAUGAAGACAUGUCAUCACCAUUCUAUCCCUCCCGUAUGCUGAUCACCAAAUCCGCCUUUUGGGUACACCUCCGUCGAUACAGUCAGCAAAUAAAUAGCCCCGACCGUCCGUACAAACGAUCCGUCUUCCGUACUAAGAACCGAGAUUUACCUCGUCCAGUCCUUUACCUCUCCAUUCCACGGCCGUCCAUGUUCCUCCCGCUAUUGAAAUGGUUGUAUACGGGAAAUCAUCGGGCGUUGUUUAUUGAAAUUGGGAACGCUUCAAGUGGACGAGAGACUGCUUUUUUUGAUUUAUUACGGAAUGCCCAGGCUUUGGGUGUUUUUAACGAGUUUUACGAAAUCUUGGCGGUUUACUUGCUAAAUUGCCCUGAUAUAACCGUGUGCGACCGGUUUCGCAAAUCCACGGUCCCUGUUCACCUUCUCCAAAGCUUUUUCGGACGCUGCAAUUGGAGCGAUACAGAUAAACUGGCAGUCUUACUUUGGUGGUCUCGCGACGCCAAAUCAAUGCCCCAGUCCUCACAACUCGAAACGGUACACUCCUCAUCCACCCACACACAACGAAGACGGACAUGGGAAGGAUGUUCGGAAACCAUCGGUCUGUCCUCUACGCACAAUAUGCAGAUAGAGGAAGAGCUGUUUUUGCUCUAUAUCGAUUAUUCGGCGGUGCCAAGGCAGCAUUGUGAUGAGUUGCGGAAAAUGUUGCCUGAUACUUAUGAAAGGAUUGUGGUGAAUGCACUAAAGUGGUAUGUUGGGGCUCAACUUGUCGUGGACGAUGCUAAUAGGCGGAGCAUUGAGGACUAG